CUGGAAAACUCCACCUGGUCUCAAAAUAAAAGCCCUCGGCAUUGCAGAAUGGCCCAGUGGUGAUCUUGUAGCUUCACCAGACUCAUCAAGGCUGCUCCAGGAAGGCCCGAGCCAGACCACUAGACAUGCAGAUCAUCACCAUGGCCCUGGUAUGCUUGCUGCUAGCUGGGAUGUGGCCACAAGAUGUGGACAGCAAGAGCAUGCAUGUGUCCCUCUCCAGCUGUUGCUUCUCAUUUAUGAAGAAAAAGACUUCCCUGGGGGCAAUCCAGUGUUACAGAAACACCAGCUCCAGCUGCCCCCAGGAUAGUUUCAUAUUCAAGCUGAAGGGAGGCAAGGAAGCCUGUGCCUUGAAGACUGACAAAUGGGCUCAGAAGUACGUAGAAAAGCUGAGCUACUGCCCGCCAAAAAGAAAAUGAGCAGAUUUCUUUCCGUCAUGGGCUCUGGAAAUCACACGGCUUCACUUUUCCCUGAAGCCCCCAGCCCUGCAUUGUUCCUUCUGCCCCACGUUUGCUGGGACAUGGAGGAUCAGCUUGGUCUUUAUAAGCUAUGUUGUCACAAUUUAUACAUUUAAAUUAUAGAAUCAUCAACCCCCACCCCUCUGUGUCUCUUGGAUUUCAGAGUGAAAACUUGAUGGGCAUUGGGAGGUGGUGGCCAGCGGCUGAAGGAUGGGGAAGGAAGAGGGAGGCAUGUUGCACCUGGUGCCAGGGGAACUGAACUAAAUUAGUGACUCUCUACCUCUCAGUAGCUGCCUUUGUCCUGGGGAGUAAGCUUUGACUGGUGUGGUG